GAGCCGCUUCCCCCACUGCUGUUACCUGCAGAGGCUGAAGUGCGGCCACGAGCUCCCGCUGGAUCUGCGCUUCCGCUCGAGAACGGACAGCAACCACCACCUUCCCCGGGAGCUAAGGCGAGCCCCUCUUUGGUUAGGGCACCCUGCGGACAUCCCAACGCCAGAGUCCCGCCCGUGGCGAUGGCUGGGUCUUCUCGGAACUCCACCUGGACGCUCGCUGCGGUGCUCCUCUGCCUGCUCGUAAGUUGCCCCGCGCUGCAGAAACAGGUACCCUCGCCUGAGACUGAGCCCCACCUGGCGCUCUACCUGCCCGCUAAGGGAGCGCUCAACGAUAGCAGCUCCGAUGGCCCCGGCGUCCUGAUUGCCAACCCUGGGCUGCAGGUGCCCCUGGGCCGCUCGCUUUGGCUCGACCCGCUCCGGGACCUGGUGAUUCAAGUGCAACCGGGGGACCGAUGCGAGGUGACGGUGCUGGACGCCUGGCCCCCGCUCCAGGGUACGCUCUCCCCGCGCCGCUUCCCCUGCGCCUUUGGUCCUCGCAGGGUCCAAUACACUCACUUCGGCUCGCACAACCCCGGCCGCGCCAGGGUGCAGCUGCAGCUGCGCUACGACGCCCCGACUUACACGCUGGUGGUGCCCUUCACGCUGGCUGUGGACGUGGUUUUCUCCCAGCUGGAGCUGGUGACGCGCAACAAGCCUGUAGCGGUGAGCCAGCUGCGGGGCUGGAGCCACACCAUCGACCAGAGAGUGCUGGGCUUCUCCUGCCCGGAGUCCCGAGCCGCAGCCGCCCCCAGAUGCCGUCUCACCCCUCUUCCUCGCGAAGGCGAACCACUGCCCAGGUACGGGCGCUUGGUGAACGCCAUGGGGGUCCCUCUCCCCAGAGGCAAGGGUGUAGACUGCGAAGCUUUUCUCCGGGCUGGGGUGCGCUACCAGCACACUACCGCCAUCAACUCGCCCAACCGGGACUACGUGCCCAUGAUGGUGGAGCUGCUGGGGGCAGAGGACAGAGGCCCUGGGUCAGGGGAGGUGCUGGCCCGAGAGUACUUCCAGAUGCUGGUGGAGAUCCGAAGGGGAGCAAACAAUACGGCGCCCCGGCCCAGCCUCGAGGCCCUGAUGAUGAUGGAGGUUGACCAGUGCAUGUUAACAGCCCUGACUUCCGAUGUGCUGGCUGCGGAGGACAUGGAGUCAGACCCUGACCACCUGGUCUUCAACAUUCUCAAUUCUACCCCCGCCCCAAAAGGGUACUCUGGCCAGCAGGGCUAUGUGGUCAGCACUGACGACCCCCUGGGCCUUCCAGUCUCCUUCUUCACCCAGAGGGAGCUGCGGGAGCUGAAAAUUGCCUAUCAGCCCCCUAAAGAGAAUUCCCUUGGGGAGCGUCUCUUCCAGCUGGAACUGGAGGUGAUGGAUGGAGAUGGUGCUACCUCAGACCCCUUUGCCUUCUUGGUGGUGGUAAAGCCAAUGAACACCCUGGCCCCAGUGGCUAGCUAUUCCCAGGGGCUACUGCUUUUUGAAGGUCAUUCAAGGCCUCUGUCCAGCACCCAAAACCUUCAGAUCAGUGAUAAAGAUAACCUAGAAGAGGUGAAAAUGGCUGCAGUGAGGGGCUUGAGUUAUGGGCAGUUGGUGGUGCUUGGGGCACCUCCAGAAUACAAGUAUUUCACACCAGUAGACCUGGCAGCUGGGCGGGUAGUGUACCAGCAUGAUGGCAGCAACACUUACAGUGACAACAUCAUCUUCCAGAUACAGGAUGGGCACCACCAGGUGGAAUUCCUUUUCCCUAUCACAAUUAUACCUGUGGAUGAUGAACCACCAGAGGUCAGUGCCAACACAGGACUCUCAGUGACCCCAGGGGAGGUGGUUCAGGUCUCCUCCUUUGUCCUGAGUGCCACAGAUACCAAUUCUGAGGACUCAGCCAUCCACUUUGUACUGGAUGACCAGCCUCUGGAAGGGAAAGAAGGGGAGAGAGAGCAGGGUGUGGCUGCUGGUUCCUCCUACUCAAGCCAACACAUGGGGGAAAUGCUGCUGAGGCAGCCUGAGCCACCUCUGUCCCCCCUAGAUAAGGACUGGCACUAUGUGGCAAAGGAAAAGCUUUAUGAGAAAGUGGUAACUGAGUGGCUACAGAGAGAUAUAAUAGAAGGGAGACUCUUCUACCGCCAUCUUGGUCCACACAGCCCUCAAUCUGUAACAGCCCAGCUGGCUUUCCACGUACAGGAUGACCAAGACCCACCCAAUCUAUCUAGCCAGUACUCCUUCAUCAUCAAAGUCCAACCAAUGGAUAUGCAGGGUCCAGAACUAUAUCCAGGAACUACCCUAGAAAUGACUGUGAAAAACUGUGAACUCACUUUCUUCCAUGAGAAAGUCCUCCAAUACACUGACCAGGACUCAGAUGCCCAGAACUUGUGGUACACUCUGUUGACACCCCCUACUGACACAGAUGGCAACCACCAAGUCUGGACUGGAGAAAUUGUGCUCACUGAUUCUCCAGACACACCCAUCAUGCAUUUCACACAGGCCCAGGUAAAUCAACACAAGGUUGCCUACCAGCCUCCAGUGAAGAAGAUGGGUAUUAUUCCACAGGUUGUGCAGUUCACCUACCAGGUGGAGGAUGCUACAGGCAAUAGUGUUUCAGACACAUUCACAUUAUUCCUGCAGCCAGAGGUCAGCCAGCCUCCCAAAGUCACCAAUAGGGGCUUUACUGUCCUGGAGGGAGGCAGCUUUAUACUCAGCAGUGAUGAGUUGAAUGUUACAGAUCCUGACACAGACAUUGAUCAAAUUGUCUUCACAUUAGUCUGGGGUCCUCAACAUGGACACUUGCAGUACUUUAAGAAGUGUAUGAUCCCAGGGGAGUCUUUCAGGCAAGCUGAUAUUAUUAAUGGGAGUGUGUCUUACCAGCAUGGCAGAGACGACACUAUUAGUGACACCUUCUAUCUGGAGGUAAGUGACGGGGUACAUCAAAUACCCAUCGCUGUCCAAAUUUCUAUACCUCCAACUCCAGCUAACAAAAGUCCUGAGAUAUCUAUCACAGAUAUUCCACUUUUGGAUAUUUCCAUAGAUGUACUAGAAAAUAGCACUUCUGAGAUUACCAUGGGUGUUAUUCAUGACAAAAAGAACACAAGUGACUUGAUGUUGUCUUUCAUUGUUGAGGACAGCCCCAAAUUGGGCACUAUCCUGGUGAAUGGUUUACUCACAGAAUGCUUCACCCAAGAGGACCUCCUCAGUGGGGCAGUUGCCUAUGUUCACACUGGAGGUGAAGUUGGUUUCCAAAAACAGCAGGAUGCUUUCAGUCUAGUCCUCUCAAAGGAUUCUUAUCAAUGGAUAAUAGGGGAUAGCAUAGUGGAGAAGGUUCAAGUGCAAGUAACUGUGCUGCCUGUGAACAACAUGGCCCCCAAAGUCUUGGUAGGAGAGUCCUUCAUUGUCUAUGAAGGUGGAAAGAGCCCCUUAACCUUACAACACCUUAACAUUGAAGAUGUGGACACUCCUCAAGAUGAAAUCUUAUGCACAGUGGCUGUUCAGCCAGCCUCUGGCUACCUGGAAAGCAUUGCACCAGCCCCUGGUUCAGAAGUGUCACAUGCUAGUAACCCCAUCUGUGCGUUCUCCAUCAAAGAUGUCCGAAAGGGACACAUCAAUUAUGUACAGAGUGUCCACAGAGGGGUAGAACCACAAGCAGAUAAUUUCACCUUUUAUUGCUCUGACGGCAUCAACUUCUCUCCAAAUAUCUUCUUCCCUAUCAUCAUCUUGCCCACCAAUGAUGAGCACCCUAAACUUUUUGUCCAUGAGUUUGUGGUGUUAGAGGGGAUGAGCUUGGUCAUUGACAUCCUACUGCUCAAUGGAUCAGAUGCUGACCUGCCACCAAAUAAGCUCCACUUUCAACUCACAGCCCUUCCUCAACAUGGACGGAUCAUACAGCAGCUGGCCACAGGCAACCAGCCCAUCUGCAGCUUCACCUUAGAGGAGAUCCAGGAGGCCUCCACCAUUGUGUAUGAACAUGAUGACUCAGAGAACUCAGAGGACAGUUUUGAGGUCUGGCUGAGUGAUGGCAAACAUACCACCCACAGGAAGGUACCUAUUGUGGUGAUAUUGGUGGAUGAUGAAGCCCCUCAGCUGACCAUCAAUUAUGGGCUGCAAGUAGAGAUUGGACACUCUGAGAUCAUCACAAAUAAGAUCCUAAAGGCUACAGACCUUGAUUCCAAUGAUAAAAAUCUCAGUUUUGUCCUCCAUUCUACGCCCAAGGAAGGAAUUCUACAACGACUCAGAAAACCUGGAGGAGAACUGAGGGAUAACCUCACUCUGGGAAUGAACUUUACCCAGGAUGAGAUUGACAAAGGCCUCAUCUGUUACACCCACACAGGCCAAAAAGGAGUUGUUGACCUCAUCAAGUUUGAUGUGACUGAUGGGGUGAACCUUUUGACAGACUGCUAUUUCUAUGUCACCACUGGUAACUUAGACUGGGUCUUCCCUGAGAUAGUCAGGAGAAGGAUCACCUUAACAGACGACAGCAGAGUGACCCUCACCACUGAUCUGCUCAACACCAGUGACAUCAACAGCCCUGAUGAAAAACUUCACUUUAGCAUCACACAGGCUCCUAGCUUGGGCCACUUGGAAAGCUCUGACUACCCUGGGGAGCCCAUUGCCUCUUUCACUCAACCUCAAUUGUCCGACAACAAAAUAUUGUAUGUCCACACUUCAAAUGAUGAGACAAAGAUGGACAACUUUGAGUUUCAAAUGACUGAUGGACACAACCCUGUGUUAAGAACCUUCAGGAUCUUCAUCACAGAUGUGGAUAAUAAUAUACCUGUUUUGACUAUUCAUGAACUAACUCUGCAGCAAGGGGACAGCAAACUGAUCACUCCCUUUGAGUUGAUGGCAGAAGACCAGGAUACCCCAGAUGAUCUUAUUCUCUUCACCAUCAUCCAGGCCCCCAUCCAUGGCAGGAUUUUGUAUAAGGGAAGCAUUCCUGUGACCAUGUUCACCCAGAAGGACCUGAAUAAGCAUCUGAUUAGCUACUGGCACAAUGGCAGUGAGACUACCAAUGACAGUUUCUCCUUGACUGUAACAGAUGGCACUCACACUGAUUUCUACGUCUUCCCGGACACUGCCGUGGAAACACAUAAACCUCAGGUUAUGAGAAUCCAGAAAAGCUUCCUUGACAAUAGGCUUCCCCAGAUGGCCAUUAACAGGGGUGCCUCUGCCUUACAGUGCCUUCACACUGGACACAUGGGCUUCCUGGUUACCAGUAAGUCUCUGAAAGCAGAAGAUCAGGACAGUCCACACAGGCUCCUGAAGUAUAGGGUGACGAGAGGACCACAGCAUGGCUUCAUUACCAACAUUGGCCUUGGGAAUGCAAUCACUCAAGCGUUUACACAAGCUGACAUUGAUGAGAGGCGGAUCUACUACGUCUUGAACAAGGGCAGUAAGGCAACAAAAGACAUCUUCUACUUCUCUGUUGAAGACAAUGGAGGAAAUAGACUAACAAAUCAGCGUUUUCAUCUGAACUGGGCUUGGAUUUCUUUGGAGAAAGAAUACUACAUUGUGGAUGAAGACUCUGAAUUCAUAGAGGUGACGCUCAUACGGAGAGGAUAUCUUGGAGAAACAUCUUUCAUCAGCAUUGGAACUAGAGAUGGCACUGCAAAAAAAGAUAACGAUUUUAAAGGAAAGACCCAUAAACAGGUCCAGUUCCAUCCUGGACAGACUGCAGCUGCAUGGAGGGUGAGAAUUAUACCUGACAGAGAAUAUGAGGCUUCCGAGACGUUCCAGAUCAUCCUGUCGGGACCUGUCAUGGCUGCCCUGGAGUUUCCGGAAACGGCAACAGUGGAAAUCGUAGACCCUGGCGAUGAAUCGACAGUUUAUAUUCCAGAGGCGGAAUACAAAAUAAAGGAGGACAUUGGGGAACUUCUGAUUCCUGUAAGGAGGUCUGGAGAUGCCAGCCAGAAGCUAACAGUCAUUUGCUCUACACAUCAAGGUUCUGCCACGGGCACAACUCCUUCCACGAUGUUCUCAUUGUCUGACUAUAUCUCACGUGCAGAAGACCACACCAGCAUGCUCCACUUUGACAGAGAUGAGACUGAGAAAACUUGCCGGGUCCUCAUCACUGAUGACUCCCUCUAUGAAGCAGAGGAAUCCUUCAGCGUUUCACUGAGCCUACCAUUGGGAGGGCAACUGGGAGCGAAAUUCCCUACCACCAAGGUGACUAUCCUGGCUGAUCACCAGGAUGAACCUGUCCUGCACUUUGGUCAUGCUGAGUAUCAUGUCGAUGAACGUGCUGGCUAUGUGGAGGUGUGUGUCUGGAGAAAAGGCACUGAUCUUUCCCAAGCCUCAUCUGUUACCGUGCACUCCAGGAAGACAGGGAAGGAUUCAGCAGAAGCUGGAAUAGAUUACAUUGGCAUCAACAGAAAUCUGGACUUUGCCCCAGGAGUGGGCAUGCAGGCAUUCCAAGUGACAAUCCUUGACGACGUGGCACAGCCCAUUUUGGAGGGUCCAGAGAGGUUUGAACUCCUUCUUCACAUGCCUGUGGGUGCAGUGCUUGGAGGACCAAACAAAACCACCGUUUUCAUUACUGACAUCAACUGACUGAAAACAGGGUACUGGUUGCACCUUUGAAAGACUUUAAGGAGGAGAAAACAGCCGGAACAUGUCUCCUAACAACAGAAUGAAACUCCAUUGUUUUUAGAUCUUGGCAACUCUGGGAUAUCAAUGAUAUUGUCCUGUCACUGGUGUUAUGUUCUGUUGAUGUGUGCAAAUACAGUUUAUGUGACCACAUGGAGAUAGAAAAUAAAUAAAUAGAGGAUUGAG